CCCCGAUCUCUACCUCCCAUUCAUUUGACCAACUCCGACUCUCCUUUGCAGCCCAGUAUCGCUCUCAGUUCAUAUCAACCUAACCGCAAUCAGGUCAUCGCAGACCCACGAGCCAAACACAUCUCGCAACCUCCGCAUCAAUGGCGACCGCCUACGGGUCCAACAGCUGCAAUGUGUCGCCGCGGACGACGAGCACGACACCCAAAGCCAAAGUCGUUACAUUUGUUCUCCAUGAAGCCCGUAUACCGCUCCGGGUCGCAAUCUAUCCGCACGAUGCGACGGAAUCCAUCAUUACCACUGUCAAGAAUUUUUAUGGUUUAUACUACAAGGAGCGCGCGGGAAUCAGCUUCGAGGACGAGCGCGGAAACACCAUGAUUGCCCGAUACGAAAACUUUGUCGACCACCAGUCCGUCAACGUCCGCAUCAUCGAGAACCCCCGCGGGCUAUCACCGAGCUACAACAAUGCCGAUGACGAAGAGAACAACCAGCACGCCUCCAGACCCACUCUGCGAACAUCACGAUUCCGCAGUCCCUCUCCCAAUGGUAGCCGAGGGCGUCGCAGUACUUCGACUGCCAUUGCCGGAAAAAAAGGGCGAUCUCGGUCUUCCAAGACUACGCACGGUGACCACGGCGACAGCGUCAAUGGUUACAGCAGUGGAGAUGGGGCAUCGGGCUCGGCGUCAGGAAAGAACAAGGAGCCUCUCGGAAACACCGACAUUAGUGUGGAAAAUAUCGUCGAAGGAGGACGGCGGAAGCGCGCCAAGUUGUUCGAGAGUUCGGAAUUGCCGCUUUUUGCUCCUCCACAGAUGCCAGCGGCCACUUCCAAUCAUUCGUUUUCCCCCAUCAGACACAAUGACUUCCACCGAUACCCUCUACCUUUCAGCAAUGCCACACAAAACCCCUUCAGCAAUCCCCGGCCUCUACAAACUCCGCCGAACUAUCAUAACCACUAUGCGGCUUCUAGUACGUAUGCGACGCCGGCCAUUGACGACCGUCGCGCCCGUGGUAGCAUUAGCAAUGAUGGCUCGGGUGUUGCCACCGGAAUAAGGACGAUGCUCACACCCGAUCCCACUGUGAGAAGCUGUGUGUCUGAAGAAGAUAAGGAUAUCAAGGACGUCGCCAUGCAGCUCAUGCGGUUGCAAGGCGAUUGGAACGUACAUGGCCGAUCAUCAGGCUCAACGCUGGAUGAUACGUUCAGCGGUAGGGCAGAUGCUUCUUGCUCCACCGGUACGACAAGCGAUUGUGAGAGUGAAAGCGAAGACGAGAUGCCGCUUGCGCGUGCGAAGACGGACGAAUUCGGGAAACAUAAUGUCUUCCAGACAACGGAAAGCCACUUUGCGGUUCCGCAAGAUGGUGCUGAGGUGAGCGGCGAUGACGCGGACUACGAGGAUGGAGAUGGCGCAGAGGAGGGCGCGAUGGCCGCCCCCAAACUCUUGAAGAAUCCAAAACCCAGAUCCGCCUCUCUAAACGGCUCCAGGGCACGCUCACAGUCAACCGGCAAGCCCAAGGCAAUCAAGGCCACCAAGCCUAAAAGCAAGAAGACUUCGGCAAACCCAGUCCCUAUGACGCCCGCAUCCAUGCCUGCCUCCCGCAAGCAGUCGAUCGUGUCAACUUCAACCUACUCUGCGGCCCUUGGAGAGGAGGAACAGCCGGAUCUCUCCACUAAGCCACGCUGCCAACGGUGUCGCAAGAGCAAGAAGGGGUGCGACAGGCAACGACCUUGUGGCAGAUGCAAGGAUGCCGGCAUUCCCGCCGAACAAUGCAUUAGCGAGGACGAGGGUAAUGGCCGGAAGGGCCGCUACGGUCGUCACAUGGGUGUUCCCGUUCCGGUGAACAAGGAGGAAGUGUCGGCUCCGGCAACGUUGCUGCCGGCUGCCCUAAUCGCCCCUGCGGGGGGUCUGGGCUCGGUCCCAAAUUCAUCGGCACUCGAUAAGAGCAAGAAGCGCAAGAGGUGAAGUCGCUAAUGAUGGCCUGACUACGGGUCUGCUUCAUCAUCCACGAGUUUAGUUUCCUCUUCAGUGUCUCCUUUUAUCUCUCUGAGCCCCCGAUUCUUUUUGUCCCAAAGGUUUUCUGUGCAGCGCGGUAAAAGUCAAAUUCGUCUAUCUACCCAUCUUAUUUUACCAUAUCCUAUUUGUUGCGUGUCGGUCUGCGAUCAGCCGUUGAGCACUUCUGGCUUCAGUCGAGUUUGUUCUUGUUUGAGACUGUCUGGUUUUCGUAAUGGGAAGCUGUGCUUGAUGUGAUGUCAAUGGCGCACAACUGGUGCGUGGUUUCCUUUUUGGGUACUUUCGUUUUACUUGCACUAGUGCCGAUGAGAGUGAACCCCUUUGACGGAGUGAAAAGAGAUGGCCGAAAUAUGACGGACUAGGUGAUAGUUCCCUUUUUUUCCUUUUUGGUAGGAGGAGGAGGAGGAGGAGAAGGGGGGGAGGGGGG